CCACAUAGCCGCCAUAUGACGUGACAGUUGUCAGUAUGUGUCUAGUGUCUUCUGUCUGUUUCUAACCUGGAGUCCGGGGAAGAGAAGAGUAUUUACGCUCCAGCAUAUACUCCGUGUCUGGUUCUAUUGUCAAACGGAUGUGUUAUUAAAGCAAUUAAACGACUUAUUGUGUCAUAAAUCUACCAACCAAUGUGCUAGCAAGCCGUAUAUUAUUAUUGUAAAUAUUAUUGAGUAUAAAAAAGUAAUUUAUAGCAAACAGUUUAUUUACUCGAUCGCUCAACGAUGACCAAGAGUUGAAACUUAACGUCAAAUUAUAUUUUUUUUUAAGACUUUCACUUACAAGUAUAUUUUCUACAUUAUACAUCAACAUCAGUAUUACUGUACGGGUACUAACUACUACACAGCCAUGACCGGCUCCCGGCUCGGAAGAGGCCGCGGCGGCCGUCUAGCUGUCUAUGGAGGCUGUGCAAUUGUUGUUUUUCUUUUAGUAUUUUUAUACCGCGCCGCUACCACUGAAAUGACGAGGCUUAGAGAAUUACAUGUACAGUGUACACACCAGCAGGAAGCUUUAGCCGCUCAACUUCAAGUAAUAUUCGAGUACAAAGAAAGAUUAGAAAAAUCUUUGACUGAAGAAAAAAAUUCGAACGCAGCUGCGAAACAUGAUCUCCAAGAACGUGCCAAUCGCGAGAAAUCUCUAAGAGAUAAAGACAGUAUUGAAGCUUUGCAGAGAUUUAAUUCUCUGCAGCAGGAGCAUAAACUUCUGAAGACCGAGCAUCAAGAUCUGCGUGACGAGUGCGAGAAAGUGCAUAAGCAAGCGUUGGAGGAGAGAAGCCAGCUUGAGACGACGCUGCAGAUGCUGAGGAGCCAAAUAAAGAAAGCCCAGGAGGACAAGGAACAAUCUAUGGAACAUCUGAAGAACAAGUACAUGGAGCUUGAGACUGAGAAGACUAAAAUCGAGAAAAAUUAUAACGAGUUGAUGAAAAGCAACGGGAAUACUGACAGUACUAUUGAACACUUGCGCAAAGAAGUAUUUCAAUUGCAGCGGGAGCUAGAGGAUUCCAAGGCGUCCUGCAAAUCAGCAGCUACUGCAGUUGAAAAAGGAGACAACAAAGCUGUCGAGUCAGUCGGGCAACCCAGCGUUGAAAAAGAACCCAAAAAGAGACUGGCUCAGCAGCAAUCGGCCCCUUCACCCCAACAGAUAAAUUUAGUUGUUAACGUAGCGAAAGAAUCAACUGUAGGAAGUUAUACAAAAUCAAGUACAAAUUCUUCCUCAAUAGUAUCUUCCGAUAAAUUACUCCGAAAUGCUGUCGUGGCGCCUGUUAAAUCAGCUUCACGUGGAAAAUUGCCCGUUGGCGUUCUGCCAAUACCAAAGUUAGUUGAUCAAAAAGUUGAUACCGAAGAACUUAAAAAAAUAAAUCUCAAUCGAAUUUCGCUGAGCGAGGACAACAAAAAAAGCAAUAACAAUUUAAAUAUUGACGGGAAUAAUAAUUUAAACCGUAAUAGUAUUCACAACAACCACAAUGGUGUCAGACAAACAAAAAAUUCAGAAGAGGCACCCGGGAAUAUUGAGCACGAUGUUGACAAGCACGUAGCUGAUCAAAUCCUCGGGAGACAAGAAAAUCCUCCUUGGUAUAGAGUUAAGCCUGGUGUUCAGGAAAUUGGAGACGAACCUAAUCAUCUGAGAAAGCUUCCUGAGCAUGACGUAGCGAUACAGCAAGGUGAUAACGAGCAGUAUGAUAAUGGUGAUUAUUAUAAAGAACCACAACAAAAAAACAGUGAUAUUAAUUUAGAGGAAGGCGAAGAAGAGGAAGAGGAAGAAGAAGAUGGUGAUGAAGAGCCAUUCGAUUAUCAAAAUAAUGCUGGGGAUAAACACAAAUAAAAGAAAGACUUGUGUAAUAUAAAUAUAUAUAUAAAUAUAUACAUAAAAAAGAAAAUAGGGAAGUACCAUUCCAGUCAAUAAGGAUGAUUGUAAAUAAAAAAAAUAUUAUUUUGGCAAGCCUUCUUGAGACUAUUUCUCGUUUUUUAGAGAUAAUGAAUUGGAAUAUAAAUAAAACUAGACAUAGCGCAGUAUAAUCAGAGAUUAAAUAAAUAAUAUAGUAUUUUUUAUAUAGGUCUGAAAACUACGACUGAGUAUAUAUUUUUAAUUUGAAACAUCUGUUUGGUGUGGUUGAAAUUUAUACUAUUAAUAUUUAGUAAAUUAUUAUAAUAAAAUGUUUAAAAUAUGUCAAUUUAUUUAUAAACGCAGACUGAAUCAAUCAGUAUAAUUUUUUACGGUUUAUUUUAUCUAAAAACUCUCGAUGUAUUGUACUUAUUUAUUGCCAAUGCUCGUAAGACGGUUUAUAAACUUAAGACUAUAAAUAAUUAUACAUACUUGAAGAAAAAUAAAUUUAUUACGGACACUUGUGUAAUAU